UCUUAUGCGAGACGUCUGUCAGCUCGCUGGCCAGUUUGCACCUGAGUUUGGUGUCGCCUGUGUCAGGAGCGAAGUCGCUUCACGACCAUCCAGCACCCGUGUUUUCCCCUGUAACCCUCGCUAAGCGCUGUGCGGGCGGGGGAGAGGCGCCCGGGGCACGACACGCAGGAAGCGACUCCGCAGGUCGUCUCAGAGCCGUGUCGCCGCCAGGAGGAGUGACUUUCCUGUGGGCCCGGCUUCUCUGCUCUCUUCUGGAUCUCCUUCCCAAGGAUGUUGCAGCUGCGCCUGGUCCGGGGUGGGCUGGGCUUCCUCGGGGCCCGGCGGGUGUCGGUGCUGUCCCAGGCCUUCCAGAGCACCCAGCGCGUUGACUACCGGCCCAUCAAGAAGGUCAUGGUGGCCAACCGAGGAGAGAUCGCCAUCCGGGUUUUCCGGGCGUGCACGGAGCUGGGGAUCCGCACGGUGGCGGUGUACGCGGAGCAGGACACGGGGCAGAUGCACCGGCAGAAGGCGGACGAGGCCUACCUGAUCGGCCGGGGCCUGACGCCCGUCGGCGCCUACCUGCACAUCCCCGACAUCAUCAAGGUGGCCAAGGAGAACGAGGUGGACGCCAUCCACCCGGGCUACGGCUUCCUGUCGGAGCGCGCCGACUUCGCCCAGGCCUGCAUCGACGCCGGCGUGCGCUUCAUCGGCCCGGCCCCCGACGUGGUCCGCAAGAUGGGCGACAAGGUGGAGGCUCGUGCCAUCGCCGUCCACGCAGGCGUGCCAGUGGUGCCGGGCACGGACGCCCCAAUCUCCUCUCUGACGGAGGCGCAGGAGUUCUCCAACACCUACGGCUUCCCCAUCAUCUUCAAGGCGGCCUACGGCGGCGGCGGGCGCGGCAUGAGAGUGGUGCGCGGGUACGAGGAGCUGGAGGAGAACUACCAGCGGGCGUACUCGGAAGCGCUGGCCGCCUUCGGGAACGGGGCCCUGUUCGUGGAGAAGUUCAUCGAGAGGCCCCGGCACAUCGAGGUGCAGAUCCUGGGCGACAAGUUCGGGAACGUGGUCCACCUGUACGAGCGGGACUGCUCCAUCCAGCGCCGGCACCAGAAGGUGGUGGAGAUCGCCCCCGCGGCGCAGCUGGACCCUCACCUGCGGGACCGCCUGACCGCCGACUCGGUCAACCUGGCCAAGCAGGUGGGCUACGAGAACGCGGGCACGGUGGAGUUCCUGGUGGACAAGCACGGCCGGCACUACUUCAUCGAGGUGAACUCGCGCCUGCAGGUGGAGCACACCGUCACGGAGGAGAUCACCGAUGUUGACCUGGUCCACGCUCAGAUCCAUGUGGCGGAGGGGAAGUCUCUCCCAGACCUGGGGCUGCUCCAGGAGAACGUCCGCAUCAACGGCUGUGCCAUCCAGUGCCGGGUCACCACGGAGGACCCCGCGCGCGGCUUCCAGCCCGACACGGGGCGCAUCGAGGUGUUCCGCAGCGGGGAGGGCAUGGGCAUCCGGCUGGACAGCGCCUCCGCCUUCCAGGGGGCGGUCAUCUCCCCGCACUACGACUCUCUCCUGGUCAAGGUCAUCGCCCACGGCAAGGACCACCAGACCGCGGCCACCAAGAUGAGCCGGGCGCUGGCCGAGUUCCGCAUCCGAGGGGUCAAGCUCUCGGAGGCCGGGAUGCAGGAGCGAGGCGGGGCGAGGCCGGGCGGCCUGGUCGGGGGUGCUCGCCCUGUCGUCGCCGUCCGACCCCGGGGGGGCGGGUGAGCCCGACGAGAACGA